AUGUCGUUCUUUGGAAUGGGUCGUCCUCAGCCCUCUUCGGAGGAGAAGAUUGCGAUGAUGGAGAAUGAAAUCAUUGCUAUGUCUGACCUCCACAACCGCCUCUCCAAGAUCUGCUCCCGAAAGUGCAUCCCCACCGACUACCGCGAAGGCGAGAUCAACAAGGGCGAAUCCGUCUGCCUCGACCGCUGCACGGCGAAGUUCUUCGAGGCGUACAUGAAGACCAACGAGCUCAUGCAGCAGUACGGUCAGCAGAUGCAGUCCGGCGGCAAGAUUGGCGGCCUGAAAUAA